AUUGAAAGUUAACGAAACAAACUACAUGACAGUGCUCGAUUUUAAGGCUAUGUACCCUUCAGUUAAGCUUGAACCAUGCUUUUGUCACCUAAGAGAUUUUUUAUUGGGCAAUGUAAAGAACGCAGUAAAGUUAAGAAAGCAAAUUCUAGAACUGGCGCAUUUGGCUACUUUCUCGUCACUUUUCGCCUUUGACGGUACUGCAUACUCGCAGCUUAGAGGAGUACCAAUGGGUAGCCCGGUCUCAGGCUUAUUGUGCGAGAUGGUAAUAAGAUCUCUGGAAAAUAACGUAUUGCAGAAAUAUGAAGAUAAUAUGAUAAUGUAUGCUAGGUACGUCGACGACGUAUUUAUUAUUUGGAAUAAUAAACCAGACAUACGCCAAUUUAUUGGAGAUAUUAACAGUAAUAUUUAUGGCCUUGAGUUAGAACUAGAGCAGCAAAAUCAAAAAAGAAUACAUUUCUUAGAUAUAGAGAUCGAAGUCGAUGAAGAAGGGGUAAUCAAUACAAAAGUAUAUAGAAAGCCGACGUACGUUCCGGAUUUGAUACCAUGGUUCUCGCAUGACCCAACAAGCUACAAACUAGCAGCGUUUAGAGCAUUAAUUAAAAGAGCAUACACUCAUUGUAGCAGGAUUUAUGAUACACGUAAAGAGCUGGAGUACAUCGAAAAGCUAGCAAGAGAUGUAGGAAUUAAGGAGAAUAAAAUAAAAGCCUUAAUACGAGCAGAAAAAGAAGGCAAUAAAAGUAAAGUUAAAAGAGAGAAAAAGGAGUUCACUGUAAUGGAAUACAGGGCUCAGUUAAGUAACAUUUACAGAAAAAUAGGAAUAGAAAGCAACAAGAAAAUAGCAUAUAAGAGAAACACGACAAUAUUUCAAAUGCUAAGAAACGACAAAACACCCGUUGACAGGAGGCUGAUCCCAGGUGUAUACAGAAUACCGUUGUAUGAUAGGAGGCUAAAUAAGGAGUUAUAUUAUAUAGGAGCCACUAAAAGAUCAUUAAAUGAAAGAUUGAAGGAGCACAAAAAGAAUGUAAGCUUUAAACAACCAGUCACGGCUUUGGCCAAUUACGCGAUAGCAGAUCCAACAGAGAUCGACAUCAAAUGGAGCAAGGCAGAUGUCAUACAAAAAGUGAAAAAUAUAAAACAUCUAAAAUAUGCAGAAGCCUGGCACAUUUACAAGAGCAAAGAAAAAGGGCGUAAUAUAAAUUUCCGUGAAUCGAACAAAAUAGCGUCGGCAUGGAAAGCGGCAACUUUAAAAUUAUAAAAUUAUAUUUAUGAGCAUGCGCAAUCGAGAAGAACGUGCAGUUUGGAAUCUCCGUUAUGCAAAUUUGAAAUAUAUUUCGAUUGAUAAUUCGAUCCUGAUGAAGGUUUGUGAAUCAGACCGAAAACGUUCGACAGAUGUAAACUAGACUGCAUUUUAAAGGAUGAUCAUCUGUUCCAGUUCGUCCUGGACAGUCCUGGAUUUCUUCUAGUUCUUUGGUGUGGUCGAGUCCCGGACCGCACCAGUGGUGAAGUAAAUAAAACCGGGAAACACUGGCAUAGGUUCACGGGCUGGCCACCGGUUUUCUUCACGUGUCUAGCAGCUAAAUAGGGCCCCUUACCUAUAGAAAGUCCCCCGGAAGACAUUCCCUUGGCAGAUCGCUCACGUGUAGCGUUGCUAUAUCCAAUCAAACCAUCUAG